UCUAGCCCACUGCACCGUCCCUGCAGCUUGGUGCCUCCCGGCCCUUUCUCUCCACCCGCCCAUUGCUUCUUGCGGCAACGCACCUAUUCAAACUAUUCCAACACACCCAAACACACUCGUUGUACAACCAGCGCACCCUGUGUCACUGCCCGCCAUGGACCGCCGCCGCACCCCAGGCCUGUCGUCCCUCUCCUCGCGCGGCUUGCAAAACCACCACUACACCAAUCACGGCGCCACCCUCCGCACCCGCAACGCCGACUCGCUCUCCACCCAGCUCUCCGUCUUCCAAUCCCUCCUCCACAACUUCGCAAUCACACACUCCAAAGACAUCCGCGCAAACCCCGCCUUCCGCGCCGAAUUCGCCCGCAUGUGCUCAGCCCUCAACAUCGACUUCCUCGCCUCCUCGUACCACAAAGACACAGCGGCUAGCACCUCUAAAGACGCCAGUAAUACCGCCAGCGGCGAAAGUAUCUGGACGCAGCUGCUCGGUCCCAACCUCAACGACUUCUACUUCAACCUCGGCGUCCAGAUCGUAGAGGAAUGCCGCGCCACCCGCGCUGAAAACGGCGGCCUAAUCUCCCUGUCGGAUCUGCAGGCUCGCCUCUCCAAAUCCACCCGCAUAGGCGGCAGCAUGACCGUUUCCGACGACGACAUUAAGCGUGCUGUUGAUGCCCUUGCGCCGCUGGGGUCGUGCUUUUCUAUUGUCAAAAUCGGGCAUCGCAGUUUGAUUCGGAGUGUGCCCAAGGAACUCAAUGUGGAUCAAAGUACCGUUCUCGAGGCUAUACAGCUGCUGGGCUACGUUACGCUGUCUAUGCUGCAGGUGAAUUUGAAUUGGGAGAGACCCAGGGCUCAUGCUGUUAUCGAAGAUCUCAUGGCAGAUAGUCUAGUGUGGGUGGAUACUCAGGCGGGCGAGAACGAGUACUGGAGUCCUGCGUUCCUGACUAUGGGGGGGUCCAAGUCGGAUGUGGGUGCGUAGACUGUGUUUUGGGAUUAGCACUGGAGAUUCAAACGGUGUAAGGAAGGAGCGAAUGAUACCCGGCCUCAUAGCCACUUACGAUACAUACAUGCAAAUAGACGGAUU